ACGUGGUUCUACGUAUGUAAAUAUCGUAAAUAUUCAGUCAAGUUAUUCUCUCAAAGUACUUAACGUGUUGAGUUUCAAUUUUGCGGAUAAGUUGGAAGAAGUGUAACGAUUACUUGUGAAGUGUUAAACUUUCAAUUUGUUUUGUCGGGAAAUUUAAUCUUACAAUUAUAAAAAUCGACCACCACCUUCCUCAUUGAGAUAACUGAAGUCUGCUUCUGGUAACAAUGGCUGCCAAGAAAAAGUCAGUGUACAAGAAAAAAUUACAGAAAGAAACUCAUCAUGAUUCUCCAGUUCAUGAUAUAUACGAUAAUGCAAUAAAUUCAAAGGUAUUGCAACGUUUGAGCACUGGCCUUGUUUAUGAUCACUCUAUGGCUGAUCAUAAAUGCCUGUGGGAUGAAAACUACCCUGAAUGUCCAGAAAGAUUUCUGAAAGUACUGGAACGAUGUAACGAGUUGCAUUUAGUAGACAAAUGUAAAAUAAUAGAAUCAAGAUCGGCAGAUGAAGAUGAGCUGUUAUUAAAACAUAAUAAGGAACAAAUAGAGUUUCUUAAAUUAACCGAAAACAUAAAAAAUGUUGAUUUACUUGAAAAAUUAUCUUCCAAAUAUGAUGCUGUUUACUUCCAUCCAUCUACUUACAGACAAUCAUUGAAAGCUGUUGGAUCGACUGUAAAUCUUGUAACGAGCAUUUGUAAAGGAGAAAUACAAAAUGGAAUGGCAAUUAUAAGACCGCCAGGUCAUCAUGCGAUGAAGGCGGAAUAUUGUGGGUACUGUUUUUUUAAUAACGUUGCAAUAGCUUGCGAAAAAGUGUUACAAAUGGAUUUAGCAAAGAAAAUCUUAAUCGUUGACUGGGACGUACAUCAUGGCCAAGCAACACAACAAAUGUUUUAUGAUGAUCCAAGAGUAGUUUAUUUCUCAAUACAUAGAUAUGAAAAUGGUGAGUUUUGGCCCAACUUACGGGAGUCAAAUUACGACUACACUGGAUCAGGGCCUGGAGAAGGAUACAAUUUUAAUGUUCCUCUAAAUAAAGUCGGCAUGACCAACGCUGACUACAUUGCCAUAUUUCAACAACUUCUGUUACCAAUGGCAUAUGAGUUUCAACCGGAUGUUGUAAUCGUUUCUGCCGGAUAUGAUGCUGCAUUAGGUUGUCCAGAGGGAGAAAUGAAGAUUACGCCAGCUUGUUACUCUCAUUUACUGUGGUCUUUGAUGAGUUUGGCAAAGGGAAAAGUUGCUGUUGUACUGGAGGGUGGAUAUUGUUUAGAAUCACUAUCCGAAGGAGCUGCAUUAACGCUUCGAGCACUUUUGGGGGAUCCAUGUCCGCAACUUCUUCCAAUUGCAGAACCAUCUGAUAGCGUACGUGAGACUAUUUUAAAUGUAAUUUACACUCACAAAUCUUUCUGGAAAUGCUACAACUAUCAAGGAUCUUACAGUUUCUAUUCAAAAGAAGCUAAUGAAAACUGUGAAGAAAGACACAUUCCGAUAUGUGCUUUCAGCAAUUCGAAUAAUCCUGCUAGUAGUACGUAUGAAACAAGAAAUUGUUAUCCUGUACAAAGUAUGGAAAAAAAAGCUGAGAUUCAAGCUGCCUUGUGCUUUUUAAAACAAUGUACAAAUUUAAAUAAAGCACAAUUUAAACUCUGUGUCGUGUAUGACUCCAGAAUGUUAAAACAUUUUGAUAGUUCUGACGAUUUUCAUCCUGAAAAACCUAGCAGAAUUGCAAGUAUUUAUGCCAAAUUUCAAGAAUAUGGAAUAUUGAAACGAUGUCUUAUUCUUCAAGGAAAAAUGGCAACUGAAGAUGAUUUAUUAUUAGUCCAUUCUAAAAAGUAUAUUGAUGUGAUAAAACAAACAUCUGUCGCGGAAACAACAAGUGUUGACGAAAAAAUUUCUGCAUUUAAUUCAGUUUACAUUAACCCUGAUACGUGGAUCAGUGCAAGAAUUGCCACUGGAUCACUUCUUCAAGUCGUAGAUAGUGUUCUAAGUAAUAAAUGUCAAAGCGGCACUGCUAUAAUAAGACCGCCUGGACACCACGCUGAAAAGGACGCUGCUUGCGGAUUUUGUAUUUUUAAUAAUGUUGCAAUUGCUGCUAAAUAUGCAAUUCAUAAUUACAAAGUUCAAAGAAUUCUCAUUGUUGAUUGGGAUGUUCAUCAUGGAAAUGGUACACAAUCAGUAUUUAAGGAUGAUCCAAAUGUGUUAUAUAUAUCUAUCCAUCGAUAUGACAAUGGCUCGUUUUUUCCCAAUUCCGAGAAAGGAAACAGUGAUUUUGUGGGUGAAGGAAAAGGAGAAGGGUUCAAUGUCAACAUACCAUGGAAUGAGAAAGGAAUGGGUGAUUCAGAAUAUAUUGCAGCCUUUCAACAAGUUGUAAUGCCUAUUGCAUAUCAAUUUAAUCCAGAUUUAAUUUUGGUGUCCGCUGGAUUUGAUGCAUGUGUUGGUGAUCCCAUUGGAAAUUGUCACGUCUCACCCGAAUUAUAUGGACAUUUGACUCAUUGGUUAUCGGCAUUAGCCAACGGGCGCAUCAUAUUAAUUCUGGAAGGAGGUUACAACGUCAAUUCGAUUUCUUACGCAAUGACUUUGUGCAAUAAAGCGCUCCUGGGUGAUCCAUUGAUUUCUUUGGCAUCUCAUCAGUCACUACGUCCAAGUGCUCUUACUUCCAUAAAAGACGUUUUAAAAAUACAAAAAAAGUAUUGGCCAAAUCUAAAAUAUCAAGUUUCUUUACCACAAGAAGACAUUCUUGCAGAUACAUUGUUGCAAGAAAAAUUAAUUUUAAGUAAUGGAAAUGAUCGAGUUGUGAAUUCAACAAUCUUGUUGGAAAAAGAAUUUGAAAAAAUAUCUUUGGAUAAUCACAAUUUAAAAGCAACAGUUUCCGAAGAAGAAUCAAAUAUUUGUGGUGAAGUAGAAUGUGCAGAAGGAAACUCCGCAUGUCAGAUUCUGAUUCAGCAGUCGAACCCACAAAGUUUAUUGAUUGAAAAUAUGCAAAGUCUUUUUGAAGGUGACAUGUUUGCAAUCGUACCCAAAACGAAUUGUAUGCAUGUAAGCGAAAUAAAUAAACUACCAGAAAGUGAUAUUGAUAUUUAUCAACCUUGUGCUGAAUGUAGCAGUGUCUCUGAAAAUUGGAUUUGCUUAAAAUGCUAUACGGUCCUUUGUGCACGAAAUAUUAAAAAACAUGCCUUAAUACAUGCACAAGAAACACAACAUCCUAUUGCAUUGAGCUUUAGUGAUCUGUCUGUUUGGUGCUACUUGUGCGAAUCCUACAUUGAUAGUCCAGUUUUAUAUGAUGUGAAAAAUGUCGUUCAUAUCAGUAAAUUUAACGAAGAACUGCCUAGGAUUUGCUGAAAAUAAAUACAUUGAAUAAAGGAUUCACUAUUAUAUUUUUACGAUGAAACGGAAGUUCCUCUAACAUCAGUUUUAAUACAUUUUUUUUAUUAUUGUAAUUGAAAAUAAAUUUUGUAAUAUAACAAAUUCUUACAAAAUAAAGUGCUUUUAACAAUUAA